GGAGGAAGGCCGACUUAAGGUCUGCGCAUUCACCUAGACGAGUUGACUCCUGGACGGUCUUUGAGGAGUUGUCUGUUGUUUCAUUUUCACGAUGGCUGCUGUUCAAACAGAGGUUCCCCUGUGCUCACAGCCUUGGCAGAGGCCCCUGUACAUCUACGGGGGGUUGGCAUGCAACUCACUGAUGGCUGACUUCUGGUCGGACAGAACUCCUCUCCACGAGGCCGCCUACCAAGGGAGGCUGCUGCAAAUAAGAAGCCUCAUCGUUCAGGGCUUCCAUGUAGACACGCUCACCAUGGACAGAGUGUCUCCUCUCCACGAAGCUUGCCUCGGUGGACAUUAUGCGUGUGCCAAGUUCCUGCUGGACAAUGGUGCAAAUGUGGAGAUGGUAUCAACAGAUGGCGCCACGCCUCUGUUCAACUCUUGCAGCAGCGGGAGUGCUGCGUGUGUCCGGCUCAUGUUGCAGCGCAGCGCCUCCAUCCACACCCCCCACCUGCUGGCAUCACCCGUCCACGAGGCUGCGAAGAAAGGUCACAGAGAGUGUCUGGAGCUGCUGCUGUCGUAUGGGGCGGACAUCGACAUGGAGCUCCCCGUGGUGGGGACGCCGCUGUAUUCUGCCUGCAUGGCCCGGGCUGCAGCCUGCGUCCGGCUGCUGCUACACUCAGGAGCAGCCGUACGAAUCGGGUGUGGGCAGGACAGUCCUCUACAUGCUGCAGUUCGAGGAGGAGGACCCAACGUUGUGGAUAUUCUUCUGGACUUUGGGGCCGAUGAGUGUUGUAGGAACGCGGAGGGAAAGACUCCUCUGGAUCUGUCGUCGGCAAACAGCGCAGUGAGAGUCGGACUGCAGAAAAAAGGUCCGUGCUCUCUGUCUCAGCUCUGUCGGUUCUGUAUUCGCCAAAGUCUGGGAAGGAGUCGUCUCCACAGAGCCUCUGGCCUCUCCCUCCCUCACAGCAUGAAGGACUUUCUCCUCUACCAAUGAGCCACGUCUCUGCCCUGCUACUGAGGCUCUUUGAGUUGUCCUUCACACUUGUAAAGUGAAAAAAAGACAUCCAAACUCAGAGAAACAGGACUUAGAAACUUUAAUGUAUCAGGUAUUUUUAUACUUUUAAUGAAGUGUUUACCAUUUCGUGUCCAUGGAUUUUACAUUAUUCCCAAAAAAAUUUGCAACGGGGAUCUCUGGGAAGUCUGUCUACAGGUGUCGCAUAGUGGGCUACUACUGCAUGUAGAACAUGUUGUGGUUCCAGAGGGAGUUGUGUGGAAUCUGGCUUGUUGCCUCCAGUGAUGUCACGUGUGUCAUUUGAAGGCUAUAAGUUUGAAAAUGUUUUUGAAAAUGAGCUUACUUGACCUCUGUAGCCUGCUCCUCAUCUCUGUUGAGCUGGUGAGCCUACAACAAGUUGUCAUCACAUACGGGAUGCGUGGUCAGGACCCAUGGCGUCACUUUCUAAUGCACCGGGUAGCCCGGCGUGUCCAACUGUGACGCUCCACUACAUUAACGUCGAGGCUACAAAAACACCUCCUACGGUUUAGGAAAAAAACAUUGUGGUUUGGGCUUAAAAUGAAGUAAAACAUACACAACGUAACACAAAUAUGCGGAACACGUGACUUCUGAAUUAUGGGACACAAACACCGAUCCCAAACAUUAGUCUCCUGGUUGAAAUUCCCAUGUGUGUUUGACCCGUCCACCUCUCCCUGCUUGUUUCUUUGUUUGUACUACGUCAUUACACUUCCAGAGCAUUUUCUCUGAGUGUCUAAUAAUAAAAAAACAACGCAGAUGGGUUAGCAUUGUAGUUAAAUUCUGUAGAUAUAUACGGUGUAAAUAUCUGUAUCCACUUUGAGUAAAUACUGUAUUUUGUCAAAAGUAUGUUAAACAGAUUAUUGUAAUGUUGUAUUCUUAGUCAUCGACAUGUGUUUGUCCACUAACUGCAGCUGCACUGCACCGUUUCUCACUGUUAUUACGUAAAUGGACUUAAGGGGAGUUGUGUUUUUAUUCAGCAGUGAGUAUUUUAUUGUUUUCUCCGUCUUAAUUGGCUCCUAAUUCCACAGACACCGUCUGAUCGUUACCUGGAGUCAGUACUCUGAUUUGUGUGGGCCGUAGCUGUUGCUUUGAAUGUUUAUAUUGUGGUCUGUGAACAGUAAUGUAGAGUCAUUUACAGUCAUGUACCCUAAUGUGCAGCAGGACUUGUGCAAUCAUUUGAGGACUCGCAAAGGGGAGUUUCUUCUGCAUUGCUACUACUGAUAUACCUGCACACAUGUGCGUCUGUCCUCUGCACCAAUAAAAUCCACUGAACUGAG